GACUCACAAAAAAGGCAAAUGCCUGUGAUCCCAACAACAACAAACAAGUAGUCUGGUCCACCCGAUAUCAGUCGUGCAUCUCUCAGCUUCCUGUCAUAACCAAUGCACAUUCUCCAGAACUUCGCGCGAACGAUUCAAGAAUACUUCCUAGAAAACCCUUCUCGUGCUGCUAUUUUCGUACCUAUCCUCCUAGGAGAGGCUGAGGAGAACUAUAAUCUCGACAACCUCCAGAGUAUAUCUUCUCCCGAGUAUGCACACGAGCUCGGAGCGAUCAGAGGCUUCAUCGAACAGAACUUUCCUUCUCUAACGGUUUCAUCUCCUGAUAAGACUUGUGGACAUUGCAAGCCUUGUAUGGAGGACAAAUCUCACAUUGAGCUGCAUGGUCGUCUCAUGGAUGCUCUUGCUGCAACCCGGGAUACUGAAACGCUCACCAAUCUGAGCUUCGUUCUUGUUGUCAUCAUCAUUCAUUCUCUGGCCCACGCAUUCACGGGUGGCAAUCCUAUGCCGAUGUCGAAGGAUGGCUUUCCAUUCUAUAAAUCUCAUUACUUGCUUCUUAACAAAUCCAUUGCUGAACCCGGGUUCUUUGCCGAAGAGGGAAUCUUUGGCGGUAUCAUUGGUAUCGUGUUCAAAGAUCAGGAGAAUGGAAUGCCUCCAAAAUUCUUGGAGGCGGACUUCACAAGGAUUGCCUAUCUCUUUAUUCUCGACCGGACUGGGGCAGCAUAUCGCCUUGACACCGGAGAGCUUGCAGAGCAGUUGAGGCGCAAUCGCUUCGGCCGGUUCAAGAAUUCUCUUCGCGUCGAGGUGCCGAGGAAGAUCACAGAGAGAACGUGUGCUGCGUUUAACGGUGACCACCUUCCCGUUAAGAGGGUUGGUGCUGGCCGCAAUCCUGAUUGGCUAGAAGCGAUAUUACAACACGGCAAUCUUUGGUACACUGAUCCAGGCUUCCACCCCGAAUAACUGUGUGCUGAGCUCUUUCUGGAGAAUUUUGCAUAUAUGAUGCCCAAGGACAUAAUUUGAGAGACAUGGGAUGAAUCUGAAGUAGUCAAAGGGCGAAGUGUAACGUAAGUCAGCUUACUACAUGAACUAAUCCUCUAUGUCGGUGGGGGGAGUAAAGGAUUUGAAUUGUGAUACUAGAUAGAAGGAUCGCGUUACUUGCAAUAUCUUUGAUACUGAUUGCGCGCGCAUCAGGGGGGUGCUAAAUGCCAAGAUCAUUCAGGCUCUGGGCCGUUGCAGUACUGCUGAGGAUUUGAUCAUCGCAAACUACACUGAGCAGAGACCUCCUAGCAGAAAAUGAGUGCAUUGACAGGUUCAUGUAUGUGACGCGUUCGAGCGGCAACACAGCAUGUUCAUUCAUCUGGACUGGUCGGGCUGACCUAAACGGACUCGGACGGGUAUCAACCAAUAUUUUGCUGUAACUUGGCAAGAGAAUGAACAGCAUCCUGUGAUUCCCAACUU